CAGCCAACCGAACUUCUUCUCAUAAGUUGCAACUGCGAAGAAUUCUACUGAGAUCGAAAUUCAUAUGAUAACGACAAUCAAUCAUAAAUUAUAUUGAGAAUCGCAUUCGCAAGUAAUAAUCAAAACUAGGAGUUUGCGGCACUCCAAGUCUCACUUCAUCUAUUUUGAUUUACCAAACUACAGGGACUUAGCACCUGAAUCCAUGGCUGAUGCUACCGCAAACUCCGCCGAAUCGAAGCUUAAAGACGCCGCCGCAGCCGGUGGAGUGUCCGCUAUCUAUCGUGGAUGGUUUUCCGAAAUCAGUCCCCUGUGGCCCGGGGAAGCGAACUGCUUGAAGAUGGAGGAAAUUAUUUUCCAGCAAAAGUCUAAGUACCAGGACAUUCUGGUGUUUAAGUCUGCAACUUAUGGAAAUGUUCUUGUACUGGAUGGUGUAAUCCAAGUUACAGAGAGGGAUGAAUGUGCAUACCAAGAGAUGAUUGCGCACCUUCCACUCUGCUCUAUAUCAAAUCCGAAGAAGGUUUUGGUUAUUGGAGGAGGAGAUGGUGGUGUUCUGAGGGAAGUUUCUCGUUAUUCUUCUGUUCAACAAAUUGACAUUUGUGAGAUAGAUGAAAUGGUGGUUGAUGUUGCUAAAAAGUUUUUCCCUAGGCUGGCAAUUGGGUAUGAGGAUCAUCGAGUUAGAGUUCAUAUUGGUGAUGGGGUUGAGUUCUUGAAGAAUGUUCCUUCUGGUACUUAUGAUGCUAUUAUAGUUGAUUCAUCAGAUCCUAUUGGGCCUGCAGAAGAGCUGUUCAAGAGGCCUUUCUUUGAAUUGGUGGCCAAGGCUCUUCGACCAGGUGGUGUGGUGUCUACUCAAGCAGAAAGUUUUUGGCUUCAUCUGGACAUUAUUGAAGGCAUUGCUGCAAAUUGCCGCCAGAUAUUUAAAGGCUCGGUGAAUUAUGCGUGGACAUCAAUACCUACAUAUCCAAGUGGGAUGAUUGGUUUCAUGCUUUGCUCCACUGAAGGACCCCCCGUCGAUUUUAGGCAUCCAGUGCAUUCAUUUGAUGAGGGCGGAAGCCAUGACACUGCUAAAGAACCACUGAGAUACUACAACAAAGAGAUUCAUUCCUCUGCAUUCUGUUUGCCAUCUUUUGCAAAGAAGGUCCUUGAACCAAAAUCUAAGUGAUUCUCCACGACACAACACAACAAGGGACUUUUGGUUGAUGCAGCUCAAGAUAAGUGAUAUACUUUUUCCCAUUAUCUUUUUGGGUAAAAGCUGAGGAAUUGGCCCAAACUAAUACGCAUAUCAGUGUCUAGCUAGUGCAUUCUUUACUUUAUGGAUUGGCAUUAUGUGUAUAGAUUGGUGCUUUUCAUAAUAAGUAAUUGCAGUUAUAUGACAAUUAAUUAAAUAGACAAGUAUUCUUAGCCAUAGAAAACCUUCAAUGAUAAAAAUUGACAAGUGCUUUUGCUGAUUGAAGACAUUGUUGUGAUCA